GCCCGGGCAGGAUGGCUCCAGCAAAGAAAGGUGGAGAAAAGAAGAAGGGGAGAUCUGCCAUCAAUGAGGUGGUGACUAGGGAAUAUACCAUCAACAUUCACAAACGGAUCCAUGGAGUGGGAUUCAAGAAACGCGCCCCCCGUGCUCUCAAGGAGAUCCGUAAAUUUGCAAUGAAGGAGAUGGGUACUCCUGAUGUACGCAUUGACACCAGAUUGAAUAAAGCAGACAGAACAAAGGAAAAAUGUCUAAAGAACAAGAUGAAAGUGAUAAUGAAAUGGGUGAAAGUGAUCACGAAAUUAUAG